GGCAAAAUGAACAAACCUCUCCAUCUUUCAGCUGUCUCUUUAUACUCCAAAUUUUUAAACGAAAAUUAGUAAAAAUUGGGAGGUUCUCCUUAUUCACUGGAACCGGAAAUAAGCCACCUUGGAUUCACCGUCGAUUCAGCACCUCUUUAUUAUUAAUCAUUCCUAUUCAUUACAAUAUAAGCCCCUGUUCCCCAAACCCUUUCACCAAUUGAUUUCCCCGGAGAAUCAACUCCGGCACCCAAUAUUCUUCAAGAUGAUGACGUCAUCAUCGACGACCUCACACGGGUUCCUCCUCCUCCUCGUCAUCGACGUCCUCUUUGUCACGGCCACCGCCAGUUACAUGGCGCCCACCGCGGCCACGAAAUCCCAGUUCUGCGACGAAUGCCGGCCCGAAAUCUUCGACAUAACUCAACCAUUAUCCCGUUCGGGGUUACCUACAUGGAGGGCUAAUAUUUCGAUACCAGAUGCCAUGCGACUCGUCUUAAAAACCAAUUAUUCAAGUAUUUAUUUGGGGACUCACUGGGGAACCCAUGUUGAUUCCCUCGGACACCUAUCCGAAUUCGAAGAUGACCCCACAGUUAUGGCUGAUUCUCUGAGCCUGAAUACUCUCAUGGGUCCGGUUCUGGUGGUCGAGGUCCCUCCGGAAACCAACAUAACAGCGCGCUAUUUGCAAUCGUUGAAUCUUCCGAAGGGAUUGAAGCGAGUUAUUUUCAAGACGGUGAAUACCGAAAAGCGGCUCGCGGAAGAUAAAGAUUACUUCCAUUCUAAUUAUACGGGAUUCACUGGAAUGGGCGCAAAAUGGUUGGUUGAGAACACUAACAUUAGUUUUGUAGGUCUUGAUUAUAUGUCCGUUUCGAUCUGCGCUAAAUCUGUGCUUCAUUACGUUCACUUUCUCUUCCUUACUAACAACGUAAUCCCUGUGGAGUUCUUGAAACUUGAUGGGAUUGAGCCGGGGUACUACACAGUUUAUUGUUUGCAUUUGAAGGUGAAUAUUGAUGGAGCACCUGCGAGAUGCAUUCUGGUGAGAUGAUCAUCAUCAAAGCUUUGAUCAAUUAAAUUCACUUCUGCCAAAGCAGAGAGAGUUGAAAUUUGAUCUGAACUUUGUAACCCCUUUCUCUCUGCAAAAUUGUUAUGGUUGUCGGUUUCUUUCUGCGGAUAUUAUAAUUUACUAAACCCUGUGCAGGAU